AUGCUCAAGUCAAAUAGGGACUUACGUUACCGAAGUAAACCUUACAACGAAUUAGCUGCACCGCCUGGUUUGAUUCCGGGAUAUGCUUUAACCUCAGAAAACAUGAGCACGUCGGAAGAAAAUGACUCUAACCACUUAAUAAUUAAAAAGUCAUGGGACCUGGCCUUGGGCCCCUUGAAACAAGUUCCAAUGAAUUUAUUUAUUAUGUAUAUGUCUGGAAACUCUAUUUCCAUUUUUCCUAUUAUGAUGAUCGGUAUGUUGAUAAUGAGGCCAGUCAAAGCACUUUUUUCCUUACAACAAACUUUCAAAGUAAUCGAAGGAACUCACGCCUUUGGACAAAAGUUCGUUUUCUUCUUAGGACAGCUCGUGAAUAUAGCAUUAGCAUUAUACAAAUGCCAAUCAAUGGGUAUCUUACCAACUCAUUCAUCUGAUUGGUUAGCAUUCGUUGAACCUCAAGCUCGAGUCGAAUAUUCUGGAGGCGGUUUUGUUUAUGUAUAAUAUUGUUUUUAAUUAAAAAAAUGAUGUUUUCAGUACCAAAAUGAAAUAAAUUAUUGAUAAGGUAAAA